UCAUCAGCCCCACUGGAAGGGAGCCUCCAACAGAAGUUAUGUCUACCAGGAGAAGAAGAAAAAAAUCGCUGCACCCCCACCAAGGACACUGAGUGUCAGUGCAAACCUGGCACUUUCCGUGGAGAAGAUGCACCUGAAUUCUGUCAAAAAUGCAGCACCGGGUGCCCUGAUGGGAAGGUCAUGGUCACGCACUGUAACCCCUGGAGCAACAUCAAGUGUGUGGACCAGGAAUCAGGUACCCUGGCCCAUGGGGAGGCCCCAGUUCCUGGAGAGCUAGGAACUCCCUCCCCCUCCUCAGGCACUUCAAGGCUGGUGAUUGGAAUUGUAUCUGGAAUCACCAUUGUCCUAGUCGGAUGUGUGGUAUGGUGCUUCUUUAACGGAAGAGAAGCUGACAGGAUAACGCCCAGUCCCGAGAUGCAGCAGGCAGGCUGUCUGUUGGAACCAGCAGCACCUGAAGGAUCUCAGCGGAGAAGAUGGCUGCUGUUCCAACAGAUGCACUCAAA